UCUCGUAAGGGAGGAUGUCCUUGGUUGAGCUUCGGAAGCUACAAUUUGCGACCCGAGAUGUUCAAAUGCGAUGGCAGUACAUACGUAGUACAUCUAUCCGUAGUUUCGCUGGGAGCCGAGCGAACGGUAAUAACGCAUUGUCCGCUGACUUUUGCUCUUGACACCGCCGCUGCGUUCUUCCGUCGCUGCAGACGCCGACAUCAUGAGGCACGUGGAAUUUGCAUCCCAGACAGCAUUCACUCAAGGUCACAUGGACGCUAUAUAAAGUGCCUUGAUGCUCUUCCUGCGCAUUACCCUCUGGCUGGUAUCGUAGUACGCAGCAACUUGUCGGACUGAUUGUCCGUGUCGGCCCACCUCUCCGCGGCCAACGUUCCGAGGCGUCACUUUGCACCCACUCGCAUCUUCACCACAUGCAGUAAUCACAGCCUCACAACGCAACAUAACAUCUCCCACCUCACAAACCUUUCCAACAUGCGUAAAUUUCGUCUUGCCGUUCUCGAGUGCGACACGCCCAUUGAACCUGUCGUGGAGAAACUCGGCACAUACGCCAAGAUAUUUGACACCUUUGUCCGACGGGGUCUGGAGGGGUACAUUGAAGAUGGAGGCGCCAUGGGCGUUGACCUGGAGGUGACGAGCCACCAGAUGGUGGAUAUGGAGGAGCUUCCCAGCUUCAAGGAGGUGGAUUGCCUCAUGUUGACAGGCAGUAAGCACAACGCAUUUGAGGACCAUCCUUGGAUCACAAGACUGGUGGACUAUUGUCGUCUGGCGUACGAGACGACGGACAUCCCAUUGGUUGGUAUCUGCUUUGGACACCAAAUCAUCGCCAGGGCACUGGGUGCCAAGGUCCAGCGCAACGCUGGUGUGUGGGAGGUGGCAGUCGACCAGGUUGACCUGACCCCCGAGGGACAGAAGCUCUUCAACUCGGACAAGCUGUUCCUUCACCAGAUGCAUCAAGAUAUAGUCGCCACACUACCCGAGGGCAGUGUGCUGCUGGGCAAGAGUCCCAAGUGCGAGAUCCAGGGGUUCUAUAUCCCCAAGCGGGUGCUCACGCUACAAGCGCAUCCCGAGUUCUCGGAGUUUAUCAUGGAUCAGGUCAUGCGCCGGCGGUUCGAGCAGAAGAUUUUCACGCCAGAGGUGUACGAGUCGGGGAUCAGCAGGGCAUCCAAGGAGCACGAUGGUCUGAAGGUGUCCAAGGUCAUUUGGAAGUUCCUGCUGGAGGACUUGUAGACUUGAAGAGCGGGCACCAUGUUGGCUAGGAGCAUCCCGCAAAGGGGCUCUGCUUUGGAAACAGAUAUGAUUUGUUGACUUUUAACACGCAAGGUUGACUGACCCCUAUUUCGGAUAGGUCUCAAUGAUACCGCCGGCGCGAUAAGGUUUAACCUUCCAUGUCCACGUUCAAGUCCAGGAGUUGCAAUGCUUAGAACAAAAGUCAAAUGACCAGUCGGGGCCGCCAAAUGGGGCACUGAGCAGUGAGAUGGACCGGUUUUAAAUUGAAAACUUCAG